CAGUAAUAAGUUUCGCCCUCAUUCGUCCCAAAUCAAGGGACACGCAUCAUGGCCUCGAGAUUCUUCCUCUCCAUCCCCGACGCGAUCCCUGUCAAGGAACCUUAUGAGGAAGUCUUCUCGCUCUUCACUACCGAGACCUCCCAGGCCCCCUGGGCCCAUAACCGGUCCGUCUCACAGCAGUCAGCCCGACUCGAGAUCGAGCUCGAUUUCACCCCUGCACCCUCGCCUGCCCUGAGCCAGCCUGGGUCCAGACCCGAUUCUCGGUCAGGGUCGUACUUUUCGCCCACGACCGCUAAGGAUACCGACACCGCAGGCAAUGACGCAAUAUUAAUCCCAGGACCUAUCACCGGAGGCUCAGGAUUGGAAUCUGAUGAAUAUAAUAACGGCUACUCAAUUUCAACAUCGCCAUCCCCUUUAUCGCCAACGUUACCAAUGACACCAAAAGAGUCAGAGAUUGGGAUUAACAGCAGCAAUAGCAGCUUUAUUUCACCUUUGCCUGGCAGUAUACCAAAGGUCAAGAGUCCCGCUGCUCGAGCUAUCCUCGGGGGUCGUAAAUCCAGUCGGAUGAACAAUGGCGGCGUUGGCGGAUCAAGAUCUGCAAAGGUAGCGACGGUAUCCCUAAUCAACAAGAAGCCUGUCGUCAUCCAUCAAUCCCUCUCUACAUUGUCUCAGCCGGGUCAAACAGGAACAGUUGUCUGGGACAGCAGUAUUCUUAUGGCCAAGUUUUUGCUGUCGAUCAAGGGGCUGACUACAGGGUGCUAUCGAUCGCAGCAGAAAGAGAGGCGCGUGCGGGAGGCCCGGAUCAGACAGGAUCAAAGGACACGGCAGGGCCAGAUCCGGAAAUUGGAGGAACAAGCCGAGCAUUUGGCGGUAUCAGUUGAAGGCGAUCUGAAAGUCAAGCCUGGAGAGGAGGAGAGCUCAGCGGAUGAGGAUCAGGAGUACAGCGCAAGCGACGAUGAUAGGAGCGAUGACUAUGAUGAUGACAAGGAUGACUCAGAGGUGGGCGAUGGAGAGGAUGAUGACAUGUUGAUAUUCGAUCCUGCUGAAACUAGUAUUCUUGAACUCGGAUCCGGAUGCGGCCUGCUUGGAAUUGUGAUGGCCGAUCUCUGUCAGGACCUCUUACUGACUGACCAGAAACCUGUCCUGCCUCUACUUGUCAAGAAUUUGCGCAAGAACUUGGAUAAGAAACACUUUGACCAGCAUUCGACCUCAGCAUCGACCACACCAACCGGGGCAUACUCACCAGCGACUGCGUCGAGAAAGAAGGAACGCUUUAGCGAUAUUAUUGACCUGGGCAGUUCUGGCAUCAAGCCUUGCCAUAUCCAAGUACAGGAGCUGAUAUGGGGACAGAGUUUGGAUCAAGACUUGAAGCGUGGCCUUGGCUUGGAUUACAUCGUGGCCACAGAUGUUGUCUACAACGAAUCCAUUAUUCCGAAGCUCGUCCAUACACUCAAAGAGCUGUGCGAGAUCCGCGAACGCGUCCCCCAGGAGUUUCAACAGGGUCAGGGUGAGCAUUUCGAUCGCUUACAAGAGAUGCUAUCGUUCUCUUUUACGUUGGAGGGCUCAGGCAGAGGUGGUCAUCAUGAUCCUGAUGACGAGGAAGCGAUGGGAAAGCGACGGAGUAGAAAGAUGAGACGGAUGCUGGAUAGGACCGUGGUUUUGAUCGCUCAAGAGCUACGUACGGAUUAUGUUCAUCUCGCGUUCCUGGAAAGUCUUGAGCAAGCAGGCUUUCGUAUGGUUCGGAUGCCGAAGCAGAUGAUGGGCGCGGACUAUCAGAGCGGAUAUGUUAUCUAUGCAUGCUUCAUAAAGCGCAACCACUCCAUGGCACAGUAGAAAAACCAGCGCAACAGCAAUUGCCUGUGAUCAAACCUUUUACGUGGCACUACCCAAAAACAAUUAUUCUUGCAUGGAUUUUGUGCUAGCCUCCAUAACUGCAAACACAGCAAUUUAGCUGAAUUGAGUUAUGCCUACCCUCUUAAGCCUGGGUAACAAAUAAACUCGUGUCAUACUAGUCCCUAGC